UCCAAUGUCAAACCCGGACACAACUAAAAACGACACAUGGUUCAUGUUCUCAAUAUCUGUUUGCGCAGCGCAUAAGAUAGAAGGAAGAAGAAGAAGAGCAUAUCAAUUCAACUUCAAAUUUUCGACCUUUCCCCAUUCGUGCCCAUCACCGAGAAAGUGUAAACUUCCAAUGUUCCCUUCAAUCCUAAAUUCUAAGCAACCUCAGGAACAGCAGCAACGAAAGCAAAAGGGAGAAUGGUUAGCAGGAAGUUUCAAGCCAGAGAAUUUCAUUCCAGGUCUUAUCAUAGGUUUCAUUUUUGGGAUGUUUUUAGAUUUAUCAAAGCCCCAUAGAAAUCUCUUGUCCAAGAAAAUAUUCUCACCUAGCAAGGUUCAACAGCACCUCACACUCUCAGGCAAUGGCGAUAGGGAGUUUAAAAUGGUUCUGGUUGUUAGGCAAGACCUAAAGAUGAAAUCUGGAAAGAUUGCAUCCCAAUGUGCUCAUGCUGCCACUGGCAUGUAUGCUGAAUUGAUGCAAAGUGACCGGUCUCUUUUGAGACAAUGGGAACAGUGCGGCCAGCCAAAAAUUGUUGUGACCUGUAGGAACCAACAAGAAAUGAAUAAGCUGAAGGAAACUGCUGAGAGUAUCGGCCUUCCUACUUUUGUUGUUGCCGACGCUGGACGAACAGAGGUUUCGGCAGGAUCAAAGACUGUUCUUGCUGUAGGACCUGGGCCAAAAGCAUCUGUGGAUUCGGUGACUGGAAGAUUGGCCCUGCUUUGACUGCAUUCAAUAAACAAGUGCUAAUACCCCAAGUUUUGUGAUCGCUUCGUCUGUGUUCUGACAUGUUAUGCAGCGUUUACUUGCUGAUAUUGUAACUUAGUUAUGGCUCAGGUGUAAUUGUAGCUCGUACCAUUCAAUAGGAGUAGUUCCUAAUUGGAGGCCCAUUUUAUUUCCUACAUUAACAACUCACAAUUGGUUUCCUUUCUAUGCCUCAUUAUAAGAAUCUCAGCGCCUACCAGGGAUGAAUGAAACAAAUUUAUGGAUCUAUUGGCUGAAAAUCUGUUAGGAAACUAAUGUUCCACACUCAGGUGUUAUUGUAUUUGUAGCUCAUACCAUUCAAUAGGACUUUCAUCUCAAUCUAUCAUAAGAGUUUUAUUCAA